AUGACUCUUAUAUCAAGUCUGAAACCUAUCGGGAACAUUGUACUCAUUUGCUGCACCUUCUUCAUCAUCUUUGGAAUACUUGGUGUACAACUCUUCAAGGGUAUGAUGUUCCACUGUGUCGGGCCAGAUAUAGCCAAUGUUACCAACAAAGCAGACUGCCUCGAAGAUCCGCGUAAUAAAUGGGUUAAUCAUCGGUAUAAUUUUGACAAUUUGGGACAGGCGCUGAUGUCACUCUUUGUGUUGUCAAGUAAGGACGGUUGGGUUUCUAUUAUGUAUCAAGGAAUAGAUGCAGUGGGAGUGGAUAUUCAGCCAAUCGAGAAUUACAAUGAGUGGCGUAUGAUCUACUUCAUAUCGUUUCUAUUGCUUGUCGGAUUCUUCGUACUGAAUAUGUUCGUCGGAGUUGUAGUCGAGAACUUUCACAAAUGUAAGGAGGCCCUAGAAAAGGUUAGUAAUGCAGUUAUGUAA